AAUAAAUAAAUGAAAUUGAAAAUCCUUAUGGGGUAUUUUUGUAUACGUUAUUUUUAUUGGUUAUCCAGAAAGUCGAGAGAGCCUGUAUUAAAGGAAGCUAGGUUCCAUUCUCAUUUCUUUUGAAGAUAAAGACCAUAUUUUUUAUCUAGAAUCCCUGCUGUUCUAUUGCAAAGUUAUUCUUGUAUUUUCAAAGGUCUUGUACAAACAGAUAUGACAUGUUAAACAAACAUGUGGUUUUUAUUAUUCUUCCUAUGUUUAUCCUGAAAUUUAAAAUGGUCAGUCUCUAGAAAAGUCAAUUAAUUGUCUGAAAACAUGCAUUUCGAUUUUGUUGCAAAGGAUUUUAUGAUGCAUAUUAUAAAUAGCGUGGGAAGAGUAAAAAUCGACUUUAUUAGAAAGUUUGUUGAAUUUCCCCUGUUGACAGAAGCGAAAUUGAUGUGAUCAAUCUGUUUGAUAGGGAUAUUAUGUGAGAAUAUAUAAACCUAUUGAUCAAUUUUGAAGUGUGGCUGAAUACAUUGACAUGAUUUUCAAAGGCUGUUAUUGAAAUUCUGAGAGCGCUUUUGUUUAAACAGCUUUUUACCCGAAAUUGUUUUUACUGGUUACAGGAAAUUGUUCUAGGCGAUCAACAAGAUUCAAAGGGAGAUAAUUCAUCACUCAGUGGCUUUGCAGGGUUUGGAAAACACCCAUCGAGAAAAUAAAAAAUAAAAGCACUGAAUGUUCAAACACAACUGAAGUGAAUUGAAUGGCAAUUUUUGUUCAAAGGGAAGUAACUACUCUGGCAGUGGCAGUGUAUUAAACAAAAGGAGGUGACUGCAUUAAAAGAAAUUAAUCAAAGGAGCCAGCCCUGUCAGCAUUGAGGGAAUCCAGAAGUGACAACUGAAUCUAAUCCCUGAGCACCAUAAAAAAGCAGAAGACCACAGUAUUAAAAAGACAAAAGAAACCAUAAAGGUUACAAAUUCUCCUAUGGUUCAACAUUCCUGCUUGAAGCACAGUCUGAAAUAAGAUUCCACUUUCAUCCCUGAAUUACAAGAUUUUGCUGAGGAGUUUUAUGUGUAAAAUAGACAGCAGUGUGAUAAUGAAAUUUCUCAAUAGAACAUAGAUGGAGGAUAUUAGAGACAUCAGUGGUCUGGAUAGUGCUAGAAGGUAAAUGUGAAAUUACUGGACAUUGAAUAAGAAUGAAGGCAAUACAAUCAUGAAAUGGUGAUUCACAUUUAAUUGUGUGGAUUAAAAAGAGGAAAUAAUGGAAAAUGAAACAAAUAUGAUGAAUUGAAAUGUUAGUGUUCUUUCCCUUUAAUGAAAAGGUCAUAUCACCAUGGGAACAAAUAUUAGCUUUGAAAUAGUGACUUGAAAGGUCACUGUCCUUGCCCUUUGAUUAAAAAAGGUUGUAUCACCAUGGGAACAAGUAUUAUUGCAGAAAUUGUGAGUUGAUAGGUCAGUGUCCUUGCCCUUUGAUAAAAAGGUCUUAUCACCUUGGGAACAAGUAAAAGUUUUGAAAUUGUGAUUUAAAAUAUCACUGUCCUUGCCCUUUGAUUAAAAGGUCGUAUCACCAUGGGAACAAGUAUUAUUGUAGAAAUUGUGAAAUGAAAGGUCGAUGUCUUUGCCAUUUGAUGAAAAGGUCGUAUCGCCAUGGGAACAACUAUUAAUGUAGAAAUUGUAAAUUGAAAGGUCAGUGUCCUUGCCCUUUGAUGAAAAGGUUGUAUCACCAUGGGAACAAGUAUUAUUGUAGAAAUUGUGUUUUUGGUGUUUAUGAUUAUAUUGACAUUGACUACAAAUGUCAUAACAUUGUUGGUGAUUGCUUGUACAGAUUAUUUACGAAAUAUUAACAAAGUGUAUCUUUAUUCCGUAACAAUAUCAGACUUAUGUAUUGGCGUAUUUAUUUUUCCAUUUGCACUAUACAGUGCUGUUAUAAACUUGUACGGAACACCAGAAAUUGACCCAAAGCUAUGUCACAUUCAGGCAUACUUGACUGUCGUCUUAUUCUUAUCGGGAUUAUACGCAAUUGCUUGGAUGAAUGUAGAUCAUUACGUGGCUGUGCGGAAACCGGAACGUUACAAGGUCAUGAUGUCACCACCAAGGUCGUUGUGUUGGAUAGCUUUUGCUUGGAUCGCUGCUAUCAGCUUUUGUUGCCCUCCCGUUCUGAGUUACAGUGAAAUCGACCAAUAUUACACUGAAGUUUAUUUAUGUGCUGUGAAUUUUGGUUCUGAAAUACCAUAUUUCAUUUCUGCCGCUAUUCUUGCCCUUUUGCCUGCAUUCCUAGUGCUUAUUAUAACAAACGUGUAUUUAUUCACGCAUGGAUUCAGAAAAAAGCAAAAGAUGUAUGAAGCUGUGUUAUUAGACGUGAGUUCGAGACCAAGGAACUACCAGAUUAAUUUCAUAGUGUCAUCAAUUUAUGCGGGAACUUGGCUGCCAUGGUGUAUUACACGCAUUAUCAGCUAUUAUGUAAUAAUUCCAGAUUUAAUACAUUUCCUCACAUUUUGGGCUGCCAUGGGUAAUGGAUUUUAUAAAUUUUUCGUAUACAUUACCAUGAGUCUGGAAUACCGUAGAGGAUUACAGGAACUCGUUCGCAUGUGUUGUAAAGUUCGUCGUUGCUGCUGUUGUAAACCAGAAAAUCGUAAUCCUCGUCAAAUAACUGCUCCCGCUAAUCCCACAUUAGCGGCAACAAGAAUUCUUACGAAACCUUCAACCAGUGGACCACCUCCUGCUAAUGUGUAGUUUCGAUGUGAUUAUGAAUUACCAAAAAGAAACAUGUUUGAUUGUUGCUUAAAAUCAAAAUAUUGAAGGGUAAAAACUUGUGUCUGAUCUAGUAUGUUAUAAACUGUUUUUCAUGUUAACUUGUAUACCAUUUUUCUGUACAAAAUUACAUUUGUUAUGUAAAAUUUACAUUAAUUUAAAGGAUAUGGAAAGAACAGUAAAGUUAUUGGCUUGAAAUUAUACUCAGAAUUUGUGACUACUGUAAAUGUCGUAUUAAAUGUACAGGGCGCAUGUCUUAUUUUCCCCAUUCAGCAACAUUUUAAAAUCUGCCAAAUUCGAGUCACAAACACGAAAUAACGAUCAGUAUCCGUAGCUAUAAACAAACACUGGUGUGUAAUUCAAUAACUUGAGGCAAUUUUAUUGUGACUGUCAUUGUGUACAAUAAGGCAUGGUGAUUCUGUAUAAGCAUGCAUGACAUCAGCAGGUGCUUUAAAAUGGCGGUGGUAGGAAUGCUUUCUAUUGAAAAAUAUUGCAUUUUUUGCAGUGUUGGGAUACAUGAAUGAAAAAUAGAUCCACAAAAAUACUCAUGGCGCGUCUAUUAGGGCAUACACGUUUAAAAGGGCAAUUACGGUACAUGAAUGAUUAUAAGCAUUUC